AUGCCUGUGGAAAGGAUGCGGAUGCGGCCGUGGUUAGAAGAACAAAUAAAUGCGGAUCGAAUCCCUGGGCUGAAAUGGAUAAAUAAGGAAAAGAAAAUAUUCCAGAUUCCAUGGAUGCACGCGGCACGUCAUGGGUGGGAUGUGGACAAAGAUGCCCCUCUGUUCAGAAACUGGGCAAUUCAUACAGGGAAAUAUCAGCCUGGUAUAGAUAAACCAGAUCCAAAGACAUGGAAGGCAAAUUUUAGGUGUGCAAUGAACUCCUUACCAGAUAUAGAAGAAGUAAAAGACAAAAGUAUGAAGAAAGGCAAUAAUGCCUUCAGAGUAUACAGGAUGAUACCUUUAGCAGAAAGACCUUCAAAAAGAGGAAAAAGAGCAAAAGCAGAAAAAGAAGAAAGAAUAAAACAAGAGAAGGAGGAACUUGGCCAGAGACCGUUGCCAUUGCUGAAUGGAGCAUAUACCCUUCCUCCACAAUAUGCAUUCAUAUGUUCGACAUUGAGACCAGAAGUUGAUAGCACUGUAAAUAUUGUAGAUGGAACUGCAUAUAACAAUAGCAUGGUGGAAGAAAUGAUUGUCUCACCAACCCUCCUGAUGUUUGUCAAGUUGUUGAAGUAAUGACAGAAAGUGAUGAGCAGCCAGCAUAUCCCUCUCAGCAUUAUCCACUGCAGAUCUCCCCAGUCUCUUCCUACGAAGAGAGCGAAACUGAUAGCGUACCCAGCGAUGAUGAAAAUGUGAGCCGAUUGCAAAAUCAAAGGACCAGUGAAAACAGAGAGUGUGUACGGACUGCCAGCCCAAGAGCACUUUAUAACCUCCCGGGCAUGCAGACCUUUGUAACGUCUAACAAGCCAGAUCUCCAGGUUACCAUAAAGGAGGAGAAGUUCCCUAUGCCCUACAACAGCAACUGGCCCAUGUUUCCAGAACCAAACCCCAUUUUACAGACAGCCAGUUCUUCAACACUGAACAUCACCCGUAAAGACCAUGAAACCAGAGCCACGGUUAUUAAGAAAACAUCAGAUAUCACUCAAUCAAGCCUUAAGACUUUUUAG